AUUACUAUUUGAAGAAAAGUUGAGUUUUAACUAUUCACAACAACCAAGUUGUUAUUAUUAAUGUGAAGGUUGAGUUUUACAUCUAAACCAUUCUCUUCCUCUUCAUAGUCUAUGAAAGGUUACAAUGUUGUCACUACUAUUCCUAUUUGUUCUUUGCCUAAUUCUUCCAUUGUUGGUGUUCUUCCAAAAACAUAGUACCAUUACACAUAAUCCACCUGGUCCUAAAGGCCUUCCCAUAAUAGGGAAUCUUCAUCAACUAGAUAUUUUAAAUCUUUAUCUUCAAUUUUCUCAAUUCUCAAAAAUAUAUGGUCCACUAUUUUCACUUCAACUUGGUUUUAGAAAAGCUAUUGUUGUUUCUUCAGCUGAAAUUGCAAAAGAAGUAUUGAAAACCAAUGAUCAUGUGUUUUCUAAUAGGCCUAAGUUAUAUGGCCAACAAAAAUUAACUUAUAAUGGGUCAGAAAUUGUAUUUUGUCAUCAAUAUGGUGAUUUUUGGAGAGAAAUGAGAAAAAUUUGUGUUGUUCAUAUAUUUAGUUCCAAACGUGUGUCAUAUUAUUCUUCUAUAAGAAAAUUUGAGGUGAAGAAAAUUAUUGAAAAAAUUUCAAGGCAUGCUACUUCUUCAAGUGUUACAAAUUUGAGUGAGUUAUUGAUUUCACUCUCAAGUACUAUAAUAUGUAGAAUUGUUUUUGGGAAAAGCUAUGAGAAUGAUGAAAAUGAGAAAAGUAGGUUUCAUGAAAUGUUGCAUGAGUUUCAAGCUUUGUUGGCAGAAGUCUUCGUAUCCGAUUAUAUUCCAUUUAUGAGUUGGAUUGAUAAACUCAGAGGAUUGCAUGGUCGUCUUGAUAAAAAUUUCAAGGAGUUUGAUGAGUUUUUUCAAGAAAUUAUUGAUGAACAUUUGGAUCCCAAUAGAGAACAUGGUGCAGAUGAAGAGGUUAUGGUUGAUGUCUUGCUCCAAUUGAAGAAUCAACAUUUGUCAUCAAUUGAUCUCACUUUUGAUCAUAUCAAAGGCGUCCUCGUGGAUAUGCUUGUAGCUGCGAUAGAUACCACAUCAGCCACAUUAGUUUGGGCUAUGACUGCCCUAAUACGAAACCCAAGAGUAAUGAAGAAAGUACAAGAGGAAAUUAGAAACUUGGGAGGUAAAAAGGAUUUCUUAGAUGAAAAUGAAAUUCAAAAUUUUCCUUACAUGAACGCCGUGAUAAAAGAGACACUGAGAUUUUACCUACCAGCUCCACUACUUGUGCCAAGAGAAUCAAGGGAACAAUGCACUAUAAGUGGUUACAACAUUCCAGCCAACACAAUAGUUUAUGUGAAUGCUUGGGCUAUUCAGAGAGAUCCAAAUAUUUGGAAAAACCCGGAAGAGUUUUAUCCAGAGAGAUUUUUAGAGAGUUCUAUAAAUUUUUUGGGGCAAGAUUUUGAACUAAUUCCCUUUGGCGCGGGUCGUAGGAUUUGCCCAGGUAUGUCUUUGGGAGUUGCAUCAUUAGAAAUUAUCCUUGCUAAUCUUCUCUUUUCCUUUGAUUGGGAAUUGCCAAAUGGGUUGGUAAUUGAAGAUAUUGAUGAUGAAAUGUUGCCUGGGAUCACUCAACACAAGAAGAACCCUCUUUGCCUUGUUGCCAAGAUCCCUUCGGUAUAGAUGCAUCCCUAUGUAGCAACUCUUGGUUUGUUUCUUGCAUUAUAUGCCUCUUUGUUGGGACAAUGUUAUGAAAAAUAUGAAAACAAUUAUGUUUACAGUGAGUAAAUUAACGAUUACCAAGUUAA